GGCAGGGGGGGCAGCGGGGGCCCAGCCACCAGCAGUCACCAUGGCAACUGCAGUGCUCUCCGUGUUCUCCCGCACCCCCCAGCUGCGCUCCCGCCUGGGCCGCGACGUGCUGCUGGACUGUGGCUUUGCGGCCCCGCCCGCCCCCUUCUCGGUGGAGUGGCGCUACCAGUACCGGGGGGCCGGGCGCGUGGUGCUGGCCUAUGAUGGGCGGGCAGCCCGGGCCCAUGUGGCCGAGGAAGGGGCGCAGCUGUUCCUGGAGGAGGGGCAGGCGGGCACGGACACCAACGUCUCCCUGCGGCUGCACCAGGUCGGGGUGCGGCACGAAGGCACCUACAUCUGCACCAUCUACCUGCCCCACUUGCACGCCCAGCAGGCCUUGGAGCUGCGCAUCGCUGAGCCCCCUGUGGUGACGCUGCGCCCUGACCCCCUGAUGGUGAGCCCUGGGGCGCCGGCUGAGCUGUCCUGCGAGAUCUCGGGCUAUUUCCCCUUGGACGUGAAAUCAGAGUGA